CUACUCGAUCUCAAACCCAUCUCUCCACUCUGUUUCUUGAAUUAAUCAAUCAAAAGCUUCUUCAAUUCCUUUCCAACUACCGGCGGAUCAGCUAUUUUUAAAGACUCAUCAGAUGGCUCUUCAGGCUCUGAAUUCCCCGACUGCCGCCCUGUCUCCGUCGUUUCCGCACCUCGAUCAGUCUUGGGCCAAAGGGAAACGCUCCAAGCGGCCCCGCAGCGGCGGAAUCAUUACGGAGGAUGAGGAGUACUUGGCUCUCUGCCUCGUCAUGCUCGCUAGUGGACGGACGGACGCUCCUUUGCCCCCGCCGCCGCCGCCGGCGGCGGUUCCCGAUCACAAGCAGCUCCUGUACAGGUGCUCCGUCUGUGACAAGGCGUUCGGGUCAUUCCAGGCUUUGGGCGGCCACAAGGCCAGCCACCGGAAACUCGCAGCCGCCGGGGAAGACCGGUCGGCGUCGCCGGCACCGCCCUCCGGGAAGGUCCACGAGUGUUCGGUGUGCCACCGGUGCUUCCCCACCGGGCAGGCGCUGGGGGGACACAAGCGGCGGCACUACGAGGGCGGCGCCAGAAGCGCCGCGUCCUCGUCGGAGUGCGUGGGGUCCACCAGCACCUCCCACCGGGGAUUCGACCUGAACCUCCCCGCCUUGCCGGAAUCCUCCCCUGUUUUCGCCGGACUUGGCGAGGACGAAGUAGAAAGCCCUCACCCUGCAAAGAGAGAACGGCUCAGCCUCGCCAUUCCGGCAAUUACUCUCAAGCUCAAGACCUAAUAAGAUGGAUCGGUUGGAUCACAAUAUAUAAAUUUGUAGGCUUAUAUAUAGUUUUGGUUUGUUUAGUGAAAUUUGAUGUGUUUAUUAUCUUCAGUUUGCAGUUAAUUAGUUGUAGUGUUAGGGGGGAGACGGCAUAAUAAUCUUUGGUGUAAAUGCAGACUUUUGCUUAAUUAAAUUCAAUUGAUUCUUUUUUCUUCUAUAUGUUGAAGCCAUGUUUUCCUUUCUUGUUGAUGUGGAAGUAUAAAUUCACAGAAAAAUGAAACAAUGGAGUAUUG